AUGCCCCGCAGACAGCCUGCCCGCAAGGCGCACGCCGCCUCCCACCAGCUCGACCUUGAAGUCAUCGCCAAGCGCACAAAACGUCAUCUUGACGAACUCGAGCGCUCCAACUAUGCUGAGCCCUCUGGCAACCUCUUCGCCCUCGAUGACGACGACGAGGCGGGCGGCGGUCGCUCCGCCAAGGGCCGCGCCCGCCAGACCAUCUCGGACAAGCGCGAAUGGGCCGGACUGAAAAAGAAAAAGUCCACCAUGAACGUCCGCACGGCCGUCCUGUACAAGAAGAGUCUCGCGACCCUCAUCGACGAGUCGGGCAUAGCCAAUUACCCGUCGGACGUCCCCACCUACCUCACCGCAGUCGUCCCGCCGCCCCGCGAACCGCCGCGUCUGUUAUGCUCUGUGUGCGGCUACUGGGGCAAGUACAAAUGCAAGAGAUGCGCUAUGCCCUACUGCGAUAUGAACUGCGAAGGUGUACACAACGAGACACGAUGCGAACGGAGAGUGAUUUGA